AUGCGGGCAUGGAAAACGUUGGCCAUCACUGGCUUGGCCGUGGGGCUCAUAGUCAGCAGGGCCGGGGCGGAAGAAAUCGUCUGGCAGACCGACUUGAACAAGGCCUGGACCCAAGCUCGGUCCGAGCAGCGACCGCUGCUGAUGUUCGUGGUUCGCGACGACUGCCGGUUCUGCGACCAGAUGAAGGCCCAAACCUACGCCAACUCCCAAGUGGCCGAAGCAAUCAACGAGGGAUACGUCCCUUUGAUGAUCAACCCCAAGCAACGGGCCGGCUUCGCCAAAAGCUUCAAGAUCGAGGGCUACCCCACCACGCUGGUCAUUUCACCACAGUCGAAGGUGGUCGAUCGCAUGAAGGGCUAUCUGCCGCCGGACAAAUUCCAGCAGCACCUCACCGCGGCCGAAGCCCGACUGAACGCCACGGCCAGCGCACCCCGCCCGUGGUGUCACGGCGCCGGCCCGGUGGACGACGAGUUUUCUCUAUUAGGGUUUGCGUUUACCGCUUCGACAUUCGCGGUGGGCGUCGGCCAGUUACGGCUUACUGAAACAAUGGUCAAUCGGAAUCUGAUUCGCAAUUUUGAUGUCUCUGAGGAUGAGUGGGAUACCUUACUGGCAGAGGCCAUGGAAGGUGCCGAUCCGGAUGAGAUCGAUUGGGGUAGUGAAGAGGUUGAUGUCAACCAAAUCGUCGAAGGCAAAGUAUUGCGGAUCGAAGGCGACCAUGUGUUGGUCGACGUGGGCUACAAGAGCGAAGGACUCAUCCCGCUGAACGAAUGGGAUGAGGAAGAAGACAAACCCGAGCCGGGCCAAACAUUCAAAGUGCUGGUCGAAGACGUCGAAGAUCCCUUCGGCCGGGCAGCCGACAGUGCCGGCAUGAUCGCACUGAGCAAGCGGAAGGCCGAGAAGAUCGAGGCCUGGAUGAAGGUGAUGGAGACCGUCCACGAGGACGACAUCGUCACCGGUACCGUUACCCGAAAAAUCAAAGGCGGUCUGCUGGUCGACAUCGGCGUGAAUGUCUUCCUGCCGGCCAGCCAGGUGGAUAUCCGUCGUCCGCACGACAUCGGCGACUACAUCGGCCGCACCAUUCAGUGCCUGGUGCUCAAGAUCGACGAAUCGCGGCGCAACAUCGUGGUCAGCCGUCGUUCGCUCAUCGAAGCCGAGCGGAACGAGAAGAAGUCGCAACUGCUCAAAACCCUGGAAGUGGGUCAACUUCGCAAGGGUGUGGUCAAGAACAUCGCCGACUUCGGUGCGUUCGUCGACCUAGGUGGCAUCGACGGUCUGUUGCACAUCACCGACAUGAGCUGGGGCCGCAUCGGCCACCCGUCGGAAAUGGUCUCGAUCGAUCAGGAGAUCGAAGUCCAAAUCCUCAACAUCGACCUCGACAAAGAAAAGAUCGCCCUGGGCCUCAAGCAAAAGAGUGCCAGCCCUUGGGAGCAGGUCGAAGACAAAUACCCCGUCGGCAGCCGCGUAAAGGGUACCGUGGUCAACGUGAUGACCUACGGAGCCUUCGUGAAGCUGGAAGAAGGUAUCGAAGGCUUGGUGCACAUCAGCGAGAUGUCGUGGACCAAGCGAAUCAGCCACCCCAGCGAGCUGGUGCACAUCGACGACGAAGUCGAGGUCGUCGUGCUGGGCAUCAACAAAGAGAAGCAAGAGAUCUCGCUCGGCAUGAAGCAAACGCUCGACAAUCCGUGGGAGAAGGUCGCCGAACGCUACCCGCCGGGAACUUCGGUCACCGGAGUGGUUCGCAACCUCACCAACUACGGGGCCUUCAUCGAGAUCGAGGAAGGCAUCGACGGUCUGCUGCACGUCAGCGAUAUGUCCUGGACCCGCAAGAUCGGGCACCCCAGCGAGGUGGUCGAGAAGGGCCAGGAAAUCGAGUGCAAGGUGAUCUCGGUCGACCAGAACCGUCGCCGCAUCGCCCUGGGCUUGAAGCAAAUGGACGAGGACCCCUGGGCCACCGAUAUCCCCAACCGAUAUCAGCCCGGCCAAGUGGUUCACGGUACCGUGACCAAGCUGACCAACUUCGGUGUGUUCGUCGGCCUGGAAGACGGUCUCGAGGGCCUGUUGCACAUCUCCGAGUUGGCCGACCAUAAGGUCGAAAACCCCGAAGAGGUCUGCAAAGUCGGCGACGAGAUCGAGGUGAAAAUCCUGCGUGUCGAUACCGACGAUCGCAAGAUUGGUCUUUCUCGCAAACGGGUUGAAUGGGCCGAAGAAGACGAGGCCAAGGCCCUGCAGGAAGAAGAGGAAGCCAAGGCCGCCGCGAGCAGCACGCCUGCUUCGGAACUCAAGGGUGGUGUCGGCGGAGAUAGUGGUCCGCUGAUCAAAACCUCCAGCGAGCCCGCGGCCGAAGCCGAGUCGUCGGACGAAGAGACCGAAAAGACGAACACAUCCAUGCCCGAUACUCGACGACGUUCAUCAUCCGCGGUCCAGUCGCCCCUGGAAACGUACCUCCGCGAGAUCAACGAAACCGCACUCCUCUCGGCCGCUGACGAGAAGGAACUGGCCGCCGCCAUCGCCGAUGGCGAUACCGAGGCCCGCGAUCGUAUGGUCCGCGCCAAUCUGCGCCUGGUGGUGAACAUCGCCCGGGGGUACACCGGCAAAGGCCUGGGCCUGCAAGACCUGAUCGAAGAGGGGAACCUCGGUCUGCUGCGAGCUGUGGAAGGUUUCGACCCUUCGGUCGGCACCCGCUUCAGCACGUACGCCAGCUACUGGAUCAAGCAGUCGAUCAAGCGAGCCCUGAUCAACAGUGCCAAGACCAUCCGCAUUCCGGCCUACAUGGUCGAGUUGCUCAGCAAAUGGCGACGGGCCAGCAUUCGCUUGAACGAAGAGCUGGGCCGUACGCCCACCCCCGAGGAAGUCGCCCGGGUGUUGGGGCUGCCGAAAAAGAAGCUGCCGAUCAUCAAGAAGGCGAUCCGCAUCUACAACUCGACCCCCCAAACCGAUCAGGCCGAGGCUGGUUGGACGCUGGGCGAGAUGGUGAUGGAUGAAUCUGCCAAGAGCCCCGAAGACGAGAUGCUCGAAGCCGAUGCCCUCCGCGAAGUUCUGCGGUUGCUCGACACCAUGGACCAACGCACCGCCACCGUGCUGCGGAUGCGGUUCGGCCUGAACGACCAAGAGCCCUGCACGCUGAAAGAAAUCGGCGAAUCGCUCGGCCUCACCCGCGAACGCGUCCGCCAGAUCGAAACCGAGGCCCUCGGCAAACUGGCCGAAAGCCUGCAAGGCGAGCCCCGCUUCAGCCACUAA